AUGGGAGCUAAUAUCCCGGAAUCUAAUACAAGCACCAACUUCACUCCCGGCGGCGACUCGGCGACAGUCCACGAAGCUGGAGCGGCUCACCCAGGCUAUAUGAUGGUAAUUCUGGCCGUGCUAAUGAUCAUUCUGGUAGUCGUGGUUGUGGCUGGCAACGCACUUGUUAUCCUGGCUUUCAUUGUUGACAAGAGCUUACGAAAUCAAAGCAACUACUUCUUCCUCAACCUUGCUAUAUCCGAUUUUCUUGUUGGUGAGUAGUUUAUUUUAUUUAUUUAUCUAUCUUAUCUAUCCUGUCUGUCUGUCUGCUAUCUAAUCUAUCCUAUCUGUCUGUCUGUCUGUCUGUCUGUCUGUCUAGUAGGGCUCUGUGGUGGGAUAAUGCCAAUUGUUUGAUCAUUAAUCUAUAUAAGACACUGUUAAGUGACAUCAUAAUGGAUAAUAAUUGUGUAAAGUAAAGACAUAUAUAUUUUUUUCAAUUAACUUUGAAAGAAUCUUAGCAAAACGUUUUCCACAAGGACAUUUAUAACUGAUUUAUACAGCUCUUAAAUAAUUGAUGGUUCAUUUAUUUUUUACACACAAUGCUGCCACAUGCCAGCAGGCUUGUUUAGAAAUUAAUUUGCUGUGAAAAUUCAUUCUGGCAUUGAUUAUGGAGCUAUGGAAGCAUUGUUUGGGGUUCAGUCUAUACACAGUGUGUCCUUGCAGGUGCAUUCUGCAUCCCUGUGUACAUCCCCUACAACCUGACAGGCCGCUGGGUGCUGGGCAGAGGUCUCUGUAAGCUGUGGCUCCUCAUGGACUACUUGCUCUGCACUGCCUCUGUCUUCAACAUAGUCCUCAUCAGCUAUGACCGCUUCCUCUCCGUCACCAGAGCAGUGAGUAUAGAGAGCUACUGUGCCACAUGCAGGCAUACAUGCACCACGUGCACACAUGCACCCACAUACACGCAAGAAUGCAAGCACGGUAACAUGCAAAUGUCAAAUGCUGUUUCAAAUGCAGCUACUGCAUGUUUUAUUGUUCAUACUGCCAUCCUGCCCUCAUUCAACUGCUUCACUAGGCCCAUUACCAAUACAGAGAUACUGCAGAAUGGUUUGACAGCCACUGCCAGUAGGACUUAAAGGUUGACUCAGCGAUAUGACGUAGAUGCAGAAAGUAAACAGCAUGGGUCAAUUUCCGCAACAACUAAGAGCGUUGAAGCGCGAGGCUCAACUUCUCCGCAGAAGCAAACCCGUGCACAUGUGAAGAUACUGUGUGAGAGCGAAGUCUUCAAUUUCUCUCAUCUCAAUAUCUGCAGUGAUGCUCGUGACAACGUAAUUUCGCUGAGUCUACCUUUAAUAAGUGUCUUGUUGGGAUGCACAGUGUUGGGGUGGCAGUGACUCUGAAUGAGCUCUGUUGGAAGUCCAGACUGAGUGGGUUGGUCCUUGUGGACCAGCGUGCUACUCUUUGAUCUUCAGUCUGCUUUUGGGAUGCUAGAUAAAGUAACCCUGGAUAUUCUGGUCUGAAUACUAAACUGGACAUUGCUUUAUCUAUCGUAUUCAGGUCUCCCUUCUAAAAGACCUCAACUUCCUGGAUAAAUAAAGGUAAAAAAGAUUAUACCCCCUAUGUUUUUUGGGGGGUCAGUGAAGCUAAAACUUUUAAUUUGUCUCUAUACUCAAGCAUUUUGGAUUUGAGAUUAAAUGUUUUAUAUGAGGGGACAGUACAGAAUAUCACCUUUUAUUUGAGGGUAUUUUCAUACACAUCUGUUUUACAGUUUAGAAAUGAAUGCACUUGUAUCUAGUCCCCCUAUUUGAAGGUGUCAUAAGUAUUUGGACAAAUUCACUUAUAGUGUAUUACAGUUUAUCAAAAGUUGACUAUUUGGUCCCAUAUUCCUAGCACACAAUGACUAUAUCAAGCUUGUGACUCUACAAAUUUGUUGGAUGUAUUUGCAGUUUGUUUUGGUUGUGUUUCAGAUUAUGUUGUGCCCAAUAUAAAUUAAUGGUAAAUAUUGUAUUGUGUCAUUUUGGAGUCACUUUUAUUGUAUACAAUAUGUUUCUGAACAUGCCUAAAUUAAUGUUGAUGCUACCAUAAUUAUGGAUAAUCAUGAAUUAAUUGUGAAUAAUUAUGAUUGAAAAAGUUACAGAUGCACAAAGAUCAUGCCCCCAAAACAUGCUAACCUCUCACCAUUACCAAUAACAGGGGAGACUAGCAUUUUUGCGGGGGGUAUGAUAUUUAUACCUCUGUAACUUUCUCACUCAUCAUUAUUCAUGAUCCGUAAUCAUGGUAGCAUCCAUAGUCACGGGAUGUAGGGGUGCUGAGGGUGCUGCCACACCGCCUGAAAAAUCAGAAUAAACUAAUAAUAAUACAGUUUUAAAAAUCACAAAAGUAAUGCACUGGGCCUUUACUAGUAUUACUGGACCGAUAUAGAUGUCUGUAGCGUGGGCAAACACAUUUUUUCAGCAUCUCCACUUUGCCAAAAAAGGUAGUUGUAUAAUUAAGCAAUAAAGCCCGAGGGGUUGUGGUAUAUGGCCAAUAGAACCACGGCUAAGGGCUGUUCUUAGGCAAGACGCAACGUGGUAUAUAGGCCAUAUGCCACAAACCCCCGAGGUGCCUUAUUGCUAUUAUAAACUGCUUACCAACGUAAUUAGAAGGGUAAAAAUACAUGUUUUGUCAUACUCGUGGUAUACAGUUUGAUAUACCACGACUUUCAGCCAAUCAGCAUUCAGGGCUCGAACCACCCAGUUUAUAAUUAAGAACAUUAUCUUGCAGGAUUCAGUAGUUGGAAUUGUAAGAGUUGUUGCCCUGUCCCUUUCUCUGUGACUGUCAUUCUAAUGGAAUCCAGAAAGAACAAAACCCUGUCCUCAAACAUUUACAUCAAAAGGUGCAAAGCUUUGGGCAAAGACAAAAAACAUCUGCAUCAAAUUAAAUAUUUUUCUUCAUUACAUUUUACAUUUGCAUUUUAGUCAUUUAGCAGAUGAUCUUAUCCAGAGUGACUUACAGUUAGUGAGUGUAUACAUUUUUUCAUCAAAUAACAUAGAAAACAACCACUUUUUGUGCAGUAUUAAUUUACCAUCCUUACAAAACACUUAAUGUAAAUGUAUAUUAUUGCAUUGUACAUAGGCUGGUCAUAUAGGUUUGUACCUGUAGACUUUCCAUCACCAUGAAGAAAAGCAAUGCACACUACAGUAAUUGAGUACAUUCAGACAUCAAGUGGUUUGUGAUGAUGUGAUGUGAUGUGAUGAUGUGGCUCAGUUGGUAGAGCAUGGCACUUGCAAUGCUAGGGUUGUGGGUUCGAUUCCCAUGGGGGAACAGUACAAAAAAGUAUGAAAAUGUAUGCACUCAUUACUGUAAGUUGCUCUGGAUAAGAGUGACUACUGAAAUGGAAAAGGAAUGAAUAGACCCUUUCAGUUUUCACAGACAUAAGUUGCAUUUCAAAGUAUUUCAAGAAACUUCCGUUCAAAAGUUUGGGGUCACUUAGAAAUGUCCUUGUUUUCGAAAGAAAAUGUUUUUUUUUGUCCAUUAAAAUAACAUCAAAUUGAUCAGAAAUACAGUGUAGACAUUGUUAGUGUUGUAAAUGGCUAUUGUAGCUGGAAACGGCUGAUUUUUAAUGGAAUAUCUACAUAGGCGUACAGAGGCCCAUUAUCAGCAACCAUCAGUCCUGGUGUUCCAAUGGCACGUUGUGUUUGCUAAUCCAAGUUUAUCAUUUUAAAAGGCUAAUUGAUAAUUAGAAAACACUUUUGCAAUUAUGUUAGCACAGCUGAAAACUGUUGUGCUGAUUAAAGAAGCAAUAAAACUGGCCUUCUUGAGACUAGUUGAGUAUCUGGAGCAUCAGCAAUGGUGGGUUCGAUUACAGGCUCAAAAUGGCCAGAAACAAAUAACUUUCUUCUGAAACUCGUCAGUCUAUUCUUGUUCUGAGAAAUGAAGGCUAUUCUAUGCGAGAAAUUGCCAAGAAACUGAAGAUCUCGUACAACGCUGUGUACUACUCCAUUCAUAGAACAGCGCAAACUGGCUCUAACCAGAAUAGAAAGAGAAGUGGGAGGCCCCAGUGCACAACUGAGCAAGAGGACAAAUACAUUAGAGUGUCUAGUUUGAGAAACAGGCGCCUCACAGGUCCUCAACUGGCAGCUUCAUUAAAUAGUACCCGCAAAACACCAGUCUCAACGUCAACAGUGAAGAGGCGACUCCGGGAUGCUGACCAUCUAGUCAGAGUUGCAAAAAAAAAGCCAUAUCUCAGACUGCCCAUCUUAAUCUUUUAUUUUUAUUGGCCAGUCUGAGAUAUGGCUUUUUCUUUGCAGUUUGCGCUGUUCUGUGAAGGGAGUAGUACACAGCGUUGUACGAGAUCUUCAGUUUCUUGGCAAUUUCUCGCAUGGAAUGGCCUUCAUUUCUCAGAACAAGAAUAGACUGACGAGUUUCAGAAGAAAGUUAUUUGUUUCUGGCCAUUUUGAGCCUGUAAUCGAACCCACCAUUGCUGAUGCUCCAGAUACUCAACUAGUCUCAAGAAGGCCAGUUUUAUUGCUUCUUUAAUCAGCACAACAGUUUUCAGCUGUGCUAACAUAAUUGCAAAAGUGUUUUCUAAUUAUCAAUUAGCCUUUUAAAAUGAUAAACUUGGAUUAGCAAACACAACAUGCCAUUGGAACACAGGACUGAUGGUUGCUGAUAAUGGGCCUCUGUACGCAUAUGUAGAUAUUCCAUAGAAAAUCAGCCGUUUCCAGCUACAAUAGCCAUUUACAACAUUAACAAUGUCUACACUGUAUUUCUGAUCAAUUUGAUGUUAUUUUAAUGGACAAAUUUUUUUGCUUUUCUUUCGAAAACAAGGACAUUUCUAAGUGACCCCAAACUUUUCAACGGUAGUGUAUAUCAAGUAAGUAUUUUUAUAUUCCACAAGUAUUAUCAGAUUAACUGUUUAGUACAGAUAAUUAUCAGACUCAAGUUACAAAUGCUGGUAAACACACUAAUACUGUACAUUUUGUUAAAAUAUUUUAACAAAAGUUGUGCACUUGGCCUUUACUAGUCCUGUUUUUUUUUUCUGCAAUAUUGUUCAUGACAGAGUUAUGAAAUACAAAUAUUGAUAUUUCUUACACGGCACCAGCAAGACUGGCACCUUAUUGUGACCCUAGAAGGGUUUUGUCACUUUGUAACUGCUGUAGUUAAUUUCCUUGUGGAAUUUAAUAUGAAUUAUUAGCAUUUACGCACUCGCCCACCCAGACAGAAUAUACUGAUUAAUGAACCCAUGGGUUCAUGCAACAGGCAGUCAUUACAAAAAGUUUACCAAAGGACAUGGAAACAACAACAUUACUUUUAAUGCAAGUCUGAGGAGAAACUUUGAUGAAGCAUGCUCAGGGAGGCAAGUCAACCAGUUAUGUCCUAAUGUAAAUGCUGCUGUGUACUUUCACAAGUCAAACAAAGCACAUUUUAAUCGAUGCUCUUUGUAGUUUUACAUUUACAUUUUAUGUCAUUUAGCAGACGCUUUUAUCCAGAGAAAUUUACAGGAGCAAUUAGGGAAAAGUGCCUUGCUCAAAGGCACAUCAACAGAUUAUUUACCUAGUCGGCUCAGGGAUUCGAACCAGCGACCUUUCGGUUACUGGCCUAACACUGUUAACGGCUAGGUCACUUGAACUUGUUUGACUUUGUUUGAUUUGAAGACUAAUGCAAAAUAGUCCGAUUUUUCUGUGGAAUAUUGAUAUUACAUCAAACAUUCUUAGAAUGUGUCUCUUCAAUGUAUUUUCUGUUUCGGUCAUUUGUCUAUCAGCACAGUGGCUUCCUGAGAGAGGAAUGAAAUGCAGAUAGCAUUAAAGCUAUUUUUAUGCAAUAUGUUGACGUAGAUAUUCAAAGUCUCUACAUGUAUAGUAGAGAACAUGCAGAACAUCUCAGUGACUGGUAGGUAUCAGUAGGUUCUCGAUUUUGGGUCCGUAAAGGGUCACUAUACUUUAUCUGGAGCCGCAUAAGUGAAUGUGUCACACAAUAUUUUAUCAUUAAAAAAUAUAGUGUUUUUUUACAUUCAAACAUUCAACAAAGUUUAAAAGGUUACUUUGCAGUGGUUGCAAAGUUUUCUAGCGGAAUAUCUUUCUGGUUCCCUGAUUAACAAUGAAUACAUAUUAAUACAUAAUAAAGCAAGUACAGUACAGUGCUGCAUGUAGUGUUUGGUAAUGAGUUACAAUGAUGGAAAAUAACCCCUGUCUGUAGAGUGCAUGUUUGAUCUUGUUAGUGCUCACAGUCUCCAUGAUUGACAGCAAAGUCAAUAUAAUAUCUGUAUACCUAGACACAGCCAUGAUAAACAACAAAGUCAAGUUGUUCAGUUUGAUGACAUUGAUGUUGAUGACAUCAUCUCAGCAAUUGUUGUUCAUUUGAUAGCCAGGAAAAAGACUGCGACAGACUGAGAGGUAGGUGGGGAAUUGGGGACAGAGAAAGGGAGGUGAAGAUAAACAAAGCAAACAGAGAGAUACGGUGAAAUGGAAAUGGAAGGAGAAAAUCUAAUUCCUGGGUGAAGAGUGGCGAUGAUGAGAGGGAGAGAGCAGACAGACAGAUGUGCCUCCUCCACACUCUCCUGUAUUAUUAUUCAGUAUCAGCCUAAAGCUCGCCUGCUCCUCUGGCUCCUCUGGCUUCACUGACACCAUGGAGGAGGGGCUCUUGAACCCUAUCACCCAAGGAAAUAAUACCUCCCCCAUAGGUCCAAAUAAUGCCUUAAUGUAAUGGAUCCAAUACACCUCUACAAAUUGAGAGAUAUGGAAUUGAUAAUGCAGAUUAUUAAGUCUGUAUUAUCAUAUUUUUUUAUGGUGAUAUUAUGAUUAAAUGUUAUUGUGAGGUAUUGUUUGCUAUUUUUCUCACUUCACUUCUCUACUUCCAGGUGAAAUAUAGAGCUCAGCAGAGCAUGACCCACCAUGCUGUGGUGAAGAUGGUGGCUGUGUGGGUGUUGGCCUUCCUUCUCUAUGGCCCUGCCAUCAUCUUCUGGGAGCUGGUCGUGGGUAAAAGCAUUGUCCCUGCCGACGAGUGUUUCGCUGAGUUCUACUGCACCUGGUACUUCCUACUCAGUGCGUCUACGUUUGAGUUCUUCACCCCCUUUAUCUCUGUGGCCUUCUUCAACCUGUGCAUCUACCUGAACAUCCAGCGGAGGAACAAGAGCAGGGCUAUCCAUAAAGAGGACACCAAGGCAUGCAGGGACAGGGGCAGUCUCAAGGACGGGGGUGCUACCUUGUCUGUGUUUUUUGUCAAGACUCGCAAGGUAUCAUCGAGCGAGCCAGCCACUGUUUCAGAGGUGAUAGAGGAGGACGAGGAGCUGUCGCCGUCCUCCUGUGGGGAGCCCAUCAGCGGUCACACCUUCAUUCAGAGAAAGAAGGGCCCUUCCUGCAGGAAAACUUCCAGGCUCCUCCAAUUCCAGGCCCCCACUGGGCCCUCCAGCAGGAGCUCAGAGGGCUCCCGCCUCUCCCGCGACAAGAAGAUUGCCAAGUCGCUGGCCAUUAUAGUGUGCAUUUUCGGGAUCUGCUGGGCACCUUACACCCUAUUGAUGAUAAUACGAGCGGCCUGUAGCGGGCGAUGUGUGGAGCACUACUGGUACGAGAUUACUUUUUGGCUCUUGUGGCUAAACUCUGGUAUUAACCCUUUCCUUUACCCUCUCUGCCACAGCAGCUUCCGAAGGGCUUUUGCUAAGAUACUGUGCCCCAAGCGGCAGUCUGUCCAACCUCGCAUAGAGACCCAGUCUUGCUAG